AUAUAAUUGUACUUUGGCUUAGAAAGUGAAGAAGUUGGAUUGAUAUUUUAACCCAACUUUAGAAAAUAUUUUUUUACAUUUAUUUUUAUUGAAAUGGCAGAUAUAACAAGGAAAUCUGGCAAAAGGGUUUCAACAAGUGCAAGGAGAAGAAGAAUAUUUCCAACUGGACACUUUUCUCAGAAAAUACGUAGUAGUAAUGUGACAUUAUAAUUUAGACUUUCAUUAUAGAAUGAUUUGCAAAAAUAAUUAUUGCUUCUUUAAAUUUUCCACACUUAUUGGCAUUGCAUGAGCAGAAAGCUCAGGAGCUUUUAUGGGAUUUAAUGAGAUAGACCAAGAUGACAGAGUGGCACAUGAUUGUGUAGUGAAAGAAAAAUGGUACAUGGGUUUCAAUUUUUCUUUCUUUCUUUCUUUGCAAAAAAAUAAAAUAAAAAAUAAAAAGUUUAUUGUCCAUUUUCCAUUUGAAUCAAGACUUUGUAAAAGCAUCUUUCACUAUGAUCACUGCUGCAAGUCUAAUCUACAGAAAAUUGGUUUUUUUAGUAAAAAAAAAAAUAAAAAAAGUACUGGUGUAUGAACAUCAUUCUUUUAUUAUUUUUUUUUUUGUCUUGCUAUAGACACUCGAUUACAGUUCGUUCUGGACUUUAACUGGGUCAGUCAUGAACAUGUUUUGAGCUAAACCAUGACAUCAUAGGUCAAGCUGUAUGUUCCAGGUUAUGGUCCUGCUGGGUGAAUCUCAGUCCCAGGCUCAAGUCCUUUAAAGCCUCUAACAGGUUUUCAUUCACCCAACUUAUGUUCAACUCAUGCCAGCUUCCAGCCCCACAGCAUAAUGUUGCCACCACCAUAUUUUACCCUAGGGAUGGUGUGAUUAGGGCAAUAUUCAGUGGGAUGCAUGUUGGCCAAAAAUGUCUGUUUUGAUCUCGUCUUACCAAAGCAACAUUCUCCGUGUGUCAAACAGCAAAAGGUACUACUCAUAGUUUCCUUUCAAUAAUAGUUCUCCUAUUGCCAUUCACCCAAAAAGGCCAUAUAUAUGGAGUGCAACUGAUUCUGUCAACUGACUUUUGGAUCCCUCCGACUCCUCCAGAGCUACCAGCGGUGGUUUUGGGUAUGGGCAGCAUGGCUUUCUGCCCAGGUUGACAUGGCCAAAGGGGUGGCAUUAGCAUUCAAAAAGGUCAUCUCACUCUACAGCUGAAUAGAUACACUGACGUUUGUGUCUGAUUCACAUAAGCAAUAAUCUACAGGGCUGCUGUUUUUGUUUUUUCUUUUUCUUUUUAAAUCAUCUCUGGUUUCAAAUCCCAAAUAAUAAGAUUGGCCAAGCCUAAACUGGAUUGUUCCCUUCUAUACAGAUAUUUAAAACUAAAUUUAACAGUAAUAAAGCUAUAUUCUGUAUUUUUAGAUGGAAAAAUUCAUUUAUGCAAGAACUGCACUGGACCUGAGCCUUCAGGUCCCUGUGGGAUCAACGCUCUCCCUGCCGGGCCUGUCAUUUUCAGUAGUUUGGUAGUUUGUAGUUGAGCCACACUCUUCCAGUUUUCAGGAAAAGUGUUCCAUGAAACGGGGUACAGCUUGAGAUAUCAUAUUCAGAUCUAACUCUGCCCUAUACAUUUGCACAAGUCUGCUGUAUUCCUUGGUCUUCAUGGUGCUGUUUGUUCACAGAUGUUCUACAGCAAACCUUCGCGGUCUUCAUGGGACACCAAAUAACACACUGGUAUGAAGGGAGUCGGUUCCACUGUUUUUUUUGUAGGGGUAUCAGAUCAAACUGAGUGACCUUAAAGAUUUUUGGUUGAUCAAAAAAACUUUGCGUUCUUCUCUUACACCACAAUAAAAUGAGUGUUGUAGACCUGAUGUGCCAAAACAUCCAAAGGCUCAAGGGGGUACGAUGACUUUUGCACAAUCACGUCCAAGCGCCAACACUAACUCUUUGGUCAGAGGGACUGUCCACGGUGAGGCAGCACAGAGUCUGGAGUUCAACUAGGGGCAUGACAACAAAUGUGUUUUCAGCUAAGUAUUGAGGCAAGGCAGAGUCCGAUUUAGCAAUAUGACAUAAAGGUGUGAGGGAAAACUUCUGAUAGAAUAGUCAUGAGCUGGUAGAAAGUUAGUUUUACAGCGACUCUGACAGUUUAUCGACUGAUAGGCAGCAACCCCAAAGAGUGAGAUGGGAAUGUGAAGGUAGGUCUGUCUGUGUGAGCAUUAAGGAGAAACAAGGUGAACAAAAAACCAAGAUAAUAAAAAAAAGGAUAAAAGAUAGAGAGGGAGCGAGACAUUGCCAGAGUGUGUGAACAUGCCUGUGAUCCAUGAGAGAGGGCUGAGGGGGGGCAGAGAGGGGAGGGGUUGUUGCAAACAGGGAUUUGCAGUGAGGGGGGGGGAGGAAGGGGGCAGUGGCACUCAGUGACAGAGAGCUAAACUCACACACCAUACACACACACGCACGCACGCACACCCACCCCUACACACACUGUUUCCUCUGUGUCUCUUUCCAAACGUGUCAGUCAACCAGUCAGUCAGUCAAUUAUUUGUGUGUGUGUGUCUGGUGGGGAUGCCUGAAAAAAGCUCGUAACCAUCCUUCAUCUCUAUGACCGGCGGUAAGACGAUUUCCUUCCUCCUUGAUUGACGCCUGUCUGAUUUCCAGGACUUCCUUUCGUUCCACUUUCGUUCUACUUUUGUUCUACUUUUGUUCUUUCGCGAAGUGUGUUUUCGCCGUGACUCUGGUCCGGAGUCAGACUGAGGCCUCCAUGGAGCCCUGACACUGUUUGCUUUCUUUUACAAUCCAUUUUAAGCCGCAGGGGUGCAGGACUAAUGGGCUGUGCACCAAAGGCACCAGUUGAAGGUGGAUUUUUAAUUAGGUGUUCAUUUGGAUAAUUACAAUAAUUAAAUCUGAAGGUCUGUAAUUAGUGUAGGUGGGAAACAGCUUAGCUCUUCUCAAGCUUUCUUUGAUAUCCUUAGCGGUGCAGAUUGGAUUAAGAAGUUUGGGCUUUUUGGUGAUAUUAGAACGCGAUGUGUGGUGAUUUCUUUGAAUUGAACGAAUGCCUUGUGUACUAAUGUGACAUUAUUGGUUUCCAAGACUUAAAAUUAUGACGUAAAACUUUUUCAGUGAUCAUCAAGUCUGUCACAAAUCAUAUUCUGACUCCUGAGCCAUGUUAAAAAUGUUUUUCACUUUGUUUUCUGAAAGUCUCUUGGCCUGGAUUAAAGUCUGAACCUCUUGAUAAUUGGAUUUGGUGUCUUGAGACGUGUAUCUUUCUGUCAAAAAUGAUUAGGCCCAUUUAAUUUUUGUGCUCAAGUUAGUACUGAGUCCAGUGGGAUGUUUUUUAUUAUUAUUAUUAUUAUUUGAUGUUAUAUGUAUUGGGUUGUCUGCUGUAUGGUAGGUAUGUAAAGAUUACACCUCAGGAUGCAACCAACCUGAAAAGUAGUUUAAAGUAUCUACUUUAUUUAUGGAAAAGUAGGCAAUUUACUUGAUUAGAUCAUUUAAAAUAAACAAAGUUAUCUUAAACAAAUGUACCAUUUUUAUACACACAUACAUUAUGUGCAGCUUUUAGAUCCUGUGAACAAGUACUAAAAUAUUGAGUUUAUAAAGUGACAGCAAAACGAUGGUACUGUCUGGCAACCUUCUAGCUUUUAAAAAUUAGCUAAUUAGUCUUUGAGCUGUUAUUUGCUAAUUGUGUAACAUUUGAAAUUUUACGGCUUUUUAAAUGAUUUAUGAGAUGUGCGAAUAAAAAUUUUAAAGUCUAAAUUAUGCGAGGUGAGUUUUAGUUUGAAAAGUCAUUAAUGACAUUGCAGAAAACCUUCUUAAAGGUUUGUUGCAAUGUCAAAGUACAAGCUUUAAACGGAAAUAAACACAGUAUGAGCUAUAUUACAACCUCCACCUGUUAAGUUAUUCUUUUUUGAACAAUCCCAAGCUGAUCUGGUGGUUGCCAAGAUGUUUUGACAGUGAGAAAGCAUGUCUUGUUGUAUAUUUUAAGAACUAGGAAAUAUACAACCAGUAUCAGUUAUUGUGAAUCUGACGAAAUGGAGAGUAAAGACGCAAUCUCUUUCCUGUGACCCUGGUUUUGUUUCUUCAGGACACAAGAAUCACAGACGAGAUCAAGGAGACGAACAAUUUCUCACAGUGGAAAUUCCUCAAUCACUUUACCUCCUGGUAUCACUACUGUUGCCGUCUAUGAGCUGCGCCGUGGCAGCGGAGCGGGCUUUCCUGAAAUCCUGACACAAGAAGAAACCCAGUAAAAGCUCCCAGUAGCUGCAGCAGCAGACGCCAUGUCUUCUCCUUCCCUCCCCAUGCCGUCUCUCCCACCCAGCCCCCUGGCCAUGGAGUACCUCAACGACUUUGACCUUCUCAAGUUUGAGGUGAAAUCGGACACGCCUCCACUUCCUCCUCCAUGUUCGUACCCCAAAUCUGGCCUACCCCAUGACCCCUCGAGCUCUCCGUACACCAGCAACCCUCCACAUGACUCCAGUUUGAGCUCCAGUCCUUACAACUCGCUGCCGCCUUCGCCGACUCUCAGCGAUGCGCACCUGCCACCCUCCGGCUCUUCCUCCAUCUCGUCAUCGUCCUCCUCCAUCUCCUUCCCUCUGUCCAUAUCCAACAGCUUCACCUCUGGCAUCAGCUCUGGGUCCCAGGGAAAUGUGGAGAGCAGUCCCGCACAUGGUGGCCCUCAAGGCCCCACUCCUGCCUCUCUUGAGGACCUGAUAUGGCUGGCGGCGCUGCAGCAACAGUUUGGAGGGGAGGUGACGGGGCCCGCCACUUUGCUAGGAGCUUUGGGUGGAGUUCCAGAAAGAGGCGACAGAGAGAGGGGACCGGGGAAUGGCUUUCUGGGAUGCGAAGACGCCGUGGAAGCUUUGCUGAACUCAGCUGCCGCAGCGGUCAGCUCGCAGUUCCCAGGUCUUUCUCAAAGCUCAAGCAGCAACCUGGGAGACUCCAGCAGUGACAGUGGAGGAGACAUCUCCUGCACCAAGGCGGCAGACAUGUGCCAUCGUCCGCUAGUCUUCCUGUCGUCCGCCCCUCCCACGCUCCCUAAUGGCGCCCCUGCCUCAGUUCCUUACCCACAGCCACUCAGCCCCCAGGGCCGCCUUCAUCACCACCAACAUCACCAUCAUCAUCCUCACCAUCCCAUUCAUGCCAACCAUCACCAUCAUCACCAGUCACACGUCAGCCAGGUAAGCAUCACGUCUCCAUGCGGGGUGAACGAGCGCUUCUCCGACGAGCAGCUGGUGAGCCUGUCGGUGCGCGAGCUCAACCGACACCUGCGUGGCGUGAGCAAGGACGAGGUGGUGCGCCUGAAGCAGAAACGUCGCACGCUCAAAAACCGCGGCUACGCCCAGUCCUGCCGCUACAAGCGCCUGCAGCACCGGCACGCGCUGGAGUCAGAGAAACACCUGCUCACACAACAGCUGGAUCAGCUGCAGUGUGAGCUGACCCGGGUGCUGAGGGAGAGGGACGCCUACAAGGCUCGCUACGAGAAACUCCUCAGCACAAACCCGGGAGCCGGCGGCGAGGCGGCCCCUCAGACACGCACCAGUAACCCACCAUCCCCGCCCCCCGACUACUUCCUCUGAGUUUAUCAAGCAUUUAAAAACAAGACCAGCCAACAUGGAGCAACAUGCUGAUGAGUGAUGACACUCUGGGGGACGCAGGAGGGGGUAGAAAACUAAGAUCUGUGUGUGUGCAUGGUUGUGUUUAUGUGUGAGAGGCAUUUUAAAGAGAGGCGUUUUCAGGUAGCGUUUGGGCUUUCCAACUGUGAAAAACACACUUUGAAUGAUGGGGAAAAAAAUUAAGCGAUGCGAUCUGACUUUGUAGAUAAAGAGCCUUGCAAAAGUUCUCAUAUCCCUUGAACUUUUUUUUUCUUUUUUUUUUACAUUUUGACACGUAAAAACCAAACAUUAUGUGUUUUAUUGACAUUUUUGCUCUAGACCAACACAAAAUAGUGCAUAAUUGCGAACUGAAAGGAGAAGUUCUUUUUUUCUUCUCUAAAUCAAAAAACUUUUAUUGUUCAGUCAGUACUUUGUAGAAACUCAUUUUGACGCAAUAACAGCUACAAGUCUUUUCAGGGUAUUUUCUCUAAAUAGUUGAACUGAAAAUUUUCCAACCUGACUCCAGCUCAGUCAGAUUCAAUGACAAAAUGUAAAAUCUCAGCACAGGUUUUUAAAUAAAAAUAAAAAAUCAUUUCAUGUCUGGGCCAUUCUAAUAACCCAAUACGCUUGGAGCCGAACCAUUCGGUCGUAGCUCUGGCUGCGCCCAUGUUUUUAAGCUUUUGCAGGCUCCAACUAGUUCUCCUCUAUUGUGCAUUUCCCAUCAGCUCUAACCAACAGGUGAAGGGAAAAAAAAGUAUUUAUGGUAGGAAUGCCAUGCUUUUGGUGAUCAUAUUCCUUCCACUUCACAGUAGUUUUGCUACUUUAUGUUGGUCCAACACAAAAAAAGAAUCUCUGAAAUGCAUUUAAGGGGCAGUAUACUGUAAAAUGGACUUUUCUGAGAAAGAGCAGGAGUUUUUAAAGAGACAAAGACUCAAGAUCAAGGCACUAAAUUACAAAGUAAAAUGUCAUAUUUGAUAGCAGUUUUAUAGCAACUCAAGUUAACAUACUUGAUUGUGCUACAUAAUGGCAUUAUGUGUCUGGAAAACACACAACACUGCCCCUUUAAAGUAUAUGGUUAUUAAGUUGCAAAAUGUAAAAAAAAAAGAAAAAAAAAGAAAAGGGGAUAUUCAUAUUUUUGCAAAGCACUGAAUAUACACUUUUCUGUGAACACACAAAAACCUCCUGAGAGCUCUCCUGAAAUCAGUGCAACAGAUCCAAAGAGCUUUAUAGUCCCUCACACUGCUGAGCGUGAUAGCUAUGCAAUAAUAGAAUAUAUCUGCCAUGUACUUUCCAUAUGUCCAAAUGAGUAAUCAAGGCUCACUGUAGCAUUUUUUUCUUCUUCUUCUUUUGUUUUUGUUUUUUUUUUUACAAUAAGCUGCUAAAGCUGCAGAGGUCUGAGUAGUGCAGUGAUGAUACGUGGAGUGAUAUGGGAUUGGAUCACGUUUCCAUGGCAUGCAGUUGAAUAUUUGCCAGCUAAUAUUUCACAGUUGCCUACCAAAGUUUUUAAGCUCACCAACACUUGUUAUUCUUUGUAAAAAAAAAAUAAUAAUUAAAAAAAAGAAUAAUCAUAGAUUAAAGAAUGUACAAGGAUACCUUUCAGAGGAAUCCAUCAGUGAUAGUGACAUUGCUCUUGUGUUUUAGCAAAAGGAGUCUCCUUUUCUUACUAGCUGAACAUAUUAAUUAGUGGCCUUCAGCCAAGAACAAAGUACACACUUGCUGUUUGCUACAAACAAUCAAGUUUUUUUUGUUGUUGUUUUUUUUUCUGCUAAUGCAGAGAUGUGGGGUUCUGGAAACGUAUUUCGAAGCAAUCCAUCGCAGAAUAAAGACACAGAAAGCUUGGUGUAAAUAGGAAGAUGUUUUUUGGGGAAGACCUUUGCAGGUUUCCUUAUCCAAAGCAUAAUGUGACACCACAGAGCUGGUCACUGUGGACUCCAGACACUGUGGGACUAAUUAACAGUUCAGGGAUGAAAACAAAGACGGAAACACAAACUGUUCUUGAGAUAUUUUCUGAGCUGGUGAUACAACGCCAGAUUUCAUUCAUUAGAGGCUAUUUAUUUUGUGUGAGUGUAGUUGCAAAAGAAAAGAAAUCAAUUGUUCUUUUAUUUAUUCACUUAUUUAUUCAGUAUUUAAUGUUUAUUUAUGUACUUCUAAUUAUUUCACUGGUUUCCAUUCCAUUAGUGUGUAUUUUUACUUUCCUACAGUUUAUCAUUUUACUCUGUCGUGACUAGAAUUAACAUUAUUACAGAAGCGGGGGCCAUCGCCGUGGUUUCCCGCUCCCAUUGUAGUGUGGUUUCAUACCCGUAUGAAAUAAACAAAGUUGUUUUAAAAAAAAACAACAACAACAACAACAACCUUGCAUUGUGUCCAUGUUUUAUUGCACACCUUGCAGCGAGGUGUUAACCUCCUCUCCCCUCACGUUCUCAUAUCCGUGUAUCUCCCACAUUCUGUCCCUGGUAGGCCUUUUUUUUUUUUUUUUUUUUGGCAGCCACAUGCCCAUCCAUCCCUCCCUUUAUCUCUGUGCUUCUAUAGUGAAGCGUUGACCCUGGGUGUGUGCUGUUUGGGAUGACCUCAUCUUCGGCUCUGCCUCCCCCUCUGUGUGUGUGUCUCUCGUUCUCUCUCUGGUCUGUAUAAUGGAGCAGGAUUAGGGCUAUAAUAGCACUAUGGCUGUUCACUGCCGGCGUCCAUUGUUGCUUUGUGAGGGGAGUUUGGGAAGGGGUGGAGGGCGUGGGGUGGGGGGUGGGGGAGUUAGCACGACUGCUAGUGGUCAGACAUACUCUGACACAAAAUGCAUCCAAAACACACACAUCUUGAAUAAUCUAUCUACCUAUGUUCAUGCGGAUGUGUGACAAAUAUAUCUAAAGGUGUUCAAAAGCAGGAGGCAGAGUAUUGUAGGAGAGCCGGCCCAAGGCAGAAGUACAAUAAGCGGCCACUGAAGGCCCCCUGCUGGCCUGGAGGCGCCGAGGGCAAUCGAGGUUUCAGAGGACAGGACGAAAAAUGUUCUAGUUAUAUCUUAUAUCAGCUUAGUGCUUCACAAAACACUAAGCCAUAAACCACCAAGUUUUUAAGAUAAGUAAGUGGUCGUUCUUCAGUGGCGUGCCCAGACAUUUUGGAGGAAAAAUGAUAAAGUAUGUUAAACAAUAAAAGGGUACCUUGUGGACCAGUUCGAAACAUGGGCUGCAUUAGAAGUGUGAGAUUUAUUACAGGCCACACACUACACUGUAAAUU